AGUAUUCAUCGUGGAAUGGAUGAGUCUGCAGCCACCCAGCGGCUGCGCCUUUCCUUUUGCCCUGAGAAAGGAGAAGAAAUGAAAGUGGGGUGUGUUCCCAUCACUCCGCAGAAGGAGGGUGCCUGGGUGGGGGUCAGCAGAGAUGGCAGGCUGCUGGCUGCGACCCUCCUGCUGGCCCUGUUGUCCAGCGGCUUCACAGUGAUGUCCUUGUACCGGUUGGCUGCCCUGCAAGCCGACCUGACGAGCCUGCGCACGGAGCUGCAGGGCUACCGAAGCUCCGCAACACCUGCGGUCGCGGAGGCCCCGGGGGCCACCGCGGGAGCCCAGCUCCUGGCACCGGCAGCUCCUGGACCCCACAACUCCAGCCUGGGCCGCAGAAACAGACGCUCCUUCCCGGGACCGGAAGAAACAGUCACUCAGGACUGUCUGCAGCUGAUUGCAGACAGUGACACGCCGACUAUUCGGAAAGGGUCCUACACGUUUGUCCCAUGGCUUCUCAGCUUUAAAAGAGGAAACGCCCUGGAGGAAAAAGAGAACAAAAUAGUGGUGAGGCAAACGGGUUACUUCUUCAUCUACAGCCAGGUCCUAUACACGGACACCAUCUUUGCCAUGGGUCAUCUCAUCCAGAGGAAGAAAGUUCAUGUCUUCGGGGAUGAGCUGAGCCUGGUGACCCUGUUCCGGUGUAUCCAGAACAUGCCAAGAACGCUGCCCAACAAUUCCUGCUACUCAGCUGGCAUUGCGCGGCUGGAAGAAGGGGACGAAAUUCAGCUCGCCAUACCUCGGGAGAACGCACAGAUCUCACGGGAUGGAGACGGCACCUUCUUUGGCGCCCUGAAACUGCUGUGACCCACUUACGGGACCGUGAGGCCCUUCCCUCCUCUUCUCUGUACCUCCGAGGGGAGAACGAGCGGCCGGCAACACUCAAAGAAGAGAAAGUCCUCGCCGAAACGCUUCUUGUGAGCUGCUUAUUUUGGUUCACUGAGUCUGGUAACAGACAGCCGCAAUCAAAGUGUGUGUCAUGUGAUUUACAAGAAGUGGAGCGCACCACUCAGAAAGCCAGGGCCAGGAGGGCUGUGCUCUCUGCUCGAGAAGAGGCUCCGCAUCGCAUCGGUAGGUCAUGGGUCAUCGGAGCGGUCAUGCAAAGUCUCAGGAUUCGCCUCCCUCCCCAAGCAGACUAUUCUCUUCUCCAGUUAAUGCUACAGAAACUUUUGUUGUUGUUUGUUUCCGUUCUGCAAAUCUAGGAGUCAUGAACUAGGUAUAGACAAAAGUACUUACAAAUUCAAGUUUAAGAUUAACUUCAUUGAAAGCGUUAAAGUGUCAAAUAAUUGGACAGGAAAAACAAGCUGACUAUUGAAGUUUUCUUGUUUUUUUUCUUAGGUCAAGCUUGCAAUUGUUUCUGGUAUCUUAUCAAAGCACUCCCUCAUUUUGGAUCACAUUUGCAUUUUGUAAUAGCUUUCAGUUGCUUUAUAAAAUGUUACUGUAGACACAUCUGAUGUGCACAGAAAUCACUAAUGUGAAACCUUAUCACACUCACAUAAGCCCUGCUUUGAAGGUGCAUUGGUGGCAGGGGAGAGAGUCCCCCGUGCUGCUGCCGCAGUUCAGGUGAAGAUCCCUGAAGGAAACACCCACCUUAUUUGCUCUGCAGCAGUUGAGGUUUAAGCCGGUCACAUAGCAUGUGACAUCAGGGCGAGCCACAUGCGUGAACCCCAUGGGGAUCAUGUCUUAGAGGGGUUUCUUCACAGACAAUCAUGCUUGACGUUUCUGUGUAUUCAUCCUUCACUGCGUCCGUUUCCUUUGCAUUGUCUUCUGUGUUACUUCUGUGUUAAUUCCUCUAGAUGCUUUGCUUCAUUUAAGAGGAAGUGCAAGGAGAGACGUUCAUCUCUGUCUACCUUAAAAUAACGUAAAGAUGCCCGUGUCACAACCUAGGAAAGAAAUAAUUUAAAUCUGUAUCACAAAUCUAGUGCUGAUUAACUUUCUGUUCUCUGUAUCUUUUGCUUUGGAGUUCAAGAGAGAGGUACUUUGGAGUUUAUUUUGUUUUUUAAUAACUUUAAAAAGCGGUAGUUGGAAAGGGCAGUGACUCAGAGGAGCGGCUAGUGACUGGUCUAGCAAGGCUGCUGGGAUUGAUUGCCAAACGAAAGCACUGUGCCUUCUGCCCAUCACCCUGGUGACUGGUCUGCAAACGCCCAUUUCUGAUAUUUCUCCAUACAACUGUAACUCUGAAAAAUCAAGUGUGAAACAUUACAGGCACUGUAAAAGAACAUGUUCUGGGGGAGUAAUUAUAA